AGGACAUGAGGGCACAAAGGACUUGCAAAAUCAACACUACGGGAAUGGCUAUUGCAAGAAAUUGUGGUGUAUGGCCUUUCUCAUAGGCUGGCCAAGCUUGAGUUUAGAAGUACCCGGGCUCUUAUUUUGUUAUGACUGUUCAUUCUGGGUAACUAUUCCAGAGCUCACUUUCUGUGGUCAUUGAUGACCUUUUAGUUUCAGUCAGUUUAUUCAUUGCCUACAAAUAACUGUUCUUGUGCCAGCAUUAUCCUCUAUACAACUCUACUCCUUCGUGGUUCUCCCUCAAAGAAUAUUUGGAGGGAACACUUCUGUUUUCUCACACUUUAUUUUGUAUACUUAAAAAAGCUAAAUUGUUCUGGUUUGUAAUACCAACUUUCAGUUUCCUUGCUCAUCUUAGCUCUUGUUUGCAUGUGUUCGGUUUCAGUUUGUCUUUCUGGGACAUUGUUAACCGAAAUUUUAUGAUCUUAAUUUUCUUUUACUCAAAAAAAGUGUUUUAAAAAAAGUAGCUCAAGGAAAAAAAAAAAGAAAAAAACCUAGAUUCUACAGGGAGCUAGUUGCUGGGCGAAAACUAUGAUAUCACAACCAUCUGGUAAAGUAAUAAGUGGAGAGGAACAUUUUUCAAGCAAAAAGUGCCUGGCUUGGUUUUAUGAAUAUGCAGGUCCUGAUGAAGUUGUAGGCCCUGAAGGAAUGGAAAAAUUCUGUGAAGACAUCGGUGUUGAACCUGAAAAUAUUAUUAUGUUAGUUUUAGCCUGGAAACUAGAGGCUGAAAGCAUGGGAUUUUUUACCAAGGAAGAAUGGUUAAAAGGAAUGACCUCGUUACAGUGUGACUGUACAGAAAAAUUACAGAGUAAAUUUGACUUCUUACGGUCACAGUUGAAUGACAUUUCAUCCUUUAAGAAUAUCUACAGAUACGCCUUUGAUUUUGCAAGGGAAAAAGACCAGCGAAGUCUUGAUAUUGAUACUGCAAAGUCCAUGUUAGCUCUUCUGCUUGGAAGAACUUGGCCACUGUUUUCAGUAUUUUAUCAAUAUCUGGAGCAAUCGAAGUAUAGAGUUAUGAACAAGGAUCAGUGGUACAAUGUACUAGAGUUCAGCAGGACUGUCCAUGCAGAUCUUAGCAACUAUGAUGAAGAUGGUGCAUGGCCUGUACUUCUGGAUGAGUUUGUUGAAUGGCAGAAAGUUCGUCAAGCAUCAUAGCAAGAAUUCAAAAGAAAAUGCAAAAAUUUUUUUUGGUGCCCGCCUGUACACAAAGUAAUGAGAAAAAGAAAGGAUUGCAUUUUCAUUCAUAAGAAAGACUUUACAGUAAUUUUUUUUUUCCUUUUUUAAGGAGACUUUCUUGUUACAUGUGAUAUGGGCAUUGAACCACACCUCUUCUGAGACUGAAAGUUGGAGUUCUUGUUUUGAGUCUUAUGUUUAUAGCAUUUAUUUCAGAACAAUAAAGAUUCAGAUUUGUGACAAAGGCCUAAAAGUGAAGGAUGUCCCUUGAA